AUGGCUGGUGCGAUCAAGUCUGCCAUUCUCGGUUACCCCCGCGUGGGCACCAACCGUGCCGCCAAGAAGGCCAUUGAGGGCUACUGGGCCGGCAAGAUCUCCGAGCAGGAGCUCCAGGACGCCGCCAAGGCCAUCCGCAAGGAGCGUUGGGAGUCCAUCAAGAACGCUGGUGUUGACUACAUCCCGAGCGGAGACUGGACUCUUUAUGACUCGCUGCUCGACCACUCGUUCAACUUCAACGUUGUUCCCGAGCGUUUCGUCAAGCAGGGUCUCUCCCCUCUUGACACCUACUUCGCCAUGGGCCGUGGUCGCCAGGACCGCGAGAAGGGCAUCGACGUUGCCGCCAACGAGAUGGGCAAGUUCUUCGACUCCAACUACCACAUCGUCAAGGUCGACCACUCGCCCAACACCGAGUUCAAGCUCGCCCGCAACCAGUGGCUCGACGAGUACAAGGAGGCCAAGGACCUCGGCAUCGAGACCCGCCCUGUCGCCUUCGGCCCCAUCACCUACCUUGCCCUUGUCCGCAAGUCCCGUGACGCCCCCGCCGACUUCAAGCCCCUCGACCUCCUCGACAAGCUCAUCCCCGUCUACGUUGAGCUCCUCAAGUCGCUGAAGGAGGCUGGCGCCAAGGAGGUCCAGCUUGACGAGCCCAUCCUCGUCACCGACGCCGCUGAGCAGUGGGGUGACCUCUACAAGAAGGCCUACUCUGCCCUCGCCGAGGUCGGCCUCCCCAUCACCCUCACCACCGCCUACGGCCGCGUUGGCAAGUCCAUUGACUUCAUCAACGACCUCCCCAUCUCUGCCUUCCACAUCGACGUCAACCGUGAGCCCGGACAGGUCGACGAGGUCAUCUCCAAGAUCAAGGACUCCAAGAUCAUCCUCGAGCUUGGUCUCAUCUCUGGCCGUAACAUCUGGAAGAACGACCUCAAGGCCUCCAAGGAGAUUGCCGACAAGGCCGUCUCUGAGCUCGGCGCCGACCGCGUCCGCAUCUCGACCUCGUCGUCGCUCCUCCACACCCCCCUCACCCUCAAGGUCGAGACCAAGCUCACCCCCGAGCAGGUUUCGUGGCUCUCGUUCGCCGACGAGAAGUGCGCCGAGGUCGCUGCCCUCGCUGCCGCUCUCAACGGUGAGGAGACCGAGAUCUACAAGCAGAACGGCAAGGACAUUGAGUCUCGUCGCGAGUUCGAGCGCAAGUCCGACCCCGCUGUCCGUGACCGUGUCGCUGCCAUCAAGGAGGAGGACCUGAAGCGCAAGAACCCCUUCCCCGUCCGUCGCGAGGCCCAGCAGAAGAAGCUCAACCUCCCCAAGUUCCCCACCACCACCAUCGGCUCCUUCCCCCAGACCAAGGAGAUCCGUGUCGCUCGUGCCAAGUUCGGCAAGGGUGACCUCACCAAGGAGCAGUACGAGACUGCCAUGGAGAACGAGAUCAAGAACGUCGUCGACAUCCAGGAGCGCCUCGACCUCGACCUCCUCGUCCACGGUGAGCCCGAGCGUAACGACAUGGUCCAGUACUUCGGCGAGCAGCUCAACGGCUUCAUCUUCACCCAGCUCGGUUGGGUUCAGUCUUACGGCUCGCGUUACGUCCGUCCCCCCAUCGUUGUCUCGGACGUCUCGCGCCCCGAGCCCAUGACCGUCCGCUGGUCGUCGUACGCCCAGUCGGUCUCCAAGAAGCCCAUGAAGGGCAUGCUUACCGGCCCCGUUACCAUCCUCAACUGGUCGUUCCCCCGUGCCGACAUCUCCAAGGAGGUCCAGGCCAAGCAGCUCGCUCUUGCCCUCCGCGACGAGGUCGUCGACCUCGCCAACGCCGGCAUCUCGGCCAUCCAGGUCGACGAGCCCGCUAUCCGUGAGGGUCUUCCCCUCCGCAAGGAGGACUGGGACAACUACCUCAAGUGGGCUGUUGACUCGUUCCGUCUCUCCACCUCGGGUGUUGAGGACGAGACCCAGAUCCACUCGCACUUCUGCUACUCCGACUUCGGAGACAUCUUCCCCCACAUCCAGCGCCUCGACGCCGACGUCAUCUCGAUUGAGGCUUCCAAGGCCGACCUUAAGCUCCUCCAGACCUUCGCUGAGCACGGCUACUCGAACGAGAUCGGCCCCGGUGUCUACGACAUCCACUCGCCCCGUGUCCCCUCGCAGCAGGAGAUCCAGGACCGCCUCGUCGAGUUCGCCAAGGUCAUCAACCCCGACCUCCUCGUUGUCAACCCCGACUGUGGUCUUAAGACCCGUGCCUGGAAGGAGACUGAGGAGUCGCUCACCAACCUCGUUGCGGCCGCCAAGUGGGCCCGCGAGAACAUCAAGGCCCAGACACCAUAA